CAAUGGGUACGAUUGCUUAUCUGUCGCCGUUUGUUUUAGUUAAUUCGGAAAUGAAAGUGUAAAUGUUUAACAUCUGAUUUAAAAUUUGCUCCUCUCAGUUUUUGAAAUGGGAUAAUUUGGUUUGGUUCCUAACAGAGAAAAUUGCUUUAAUUACUUCGUGCGACUUAUUUAAUUGUAAAUAUCGCGCCAAAAUCUCAAUACUUCAGAGCCUUGUUGUCGCGAAGUGCCUGAACCCAGGUAAAAUAAUGUUGGAAAUGAAAAUAAGCAGCAACGAAAAAACGCAAGUUUACAAGAGGCGAUGGAUAAUUUUACUUAUAUACGUGUCAUAUUCGGCCGCCAACUCAUUCCAAUGGAUGGAAUACUCGAUUAUAUCCAGCAUCGUUAUGAGGUUUUACAAAGUUGGACCCACCGACGUGGAUUGGACGUCAAUCAUAUACAUGGCUUUGUAUCCUCUGUUGGUCGUUCCUGUUUCGUACUUUAUAGAAAAGAAAGGUCUGAGGAUGGCAGCUCUUUUCGGCGGAAUCGGUACUUUCUUAGCGGCAGCAGUAAAAGUAUUUUCCGUUCACGAGAACAGAUUCGCCUUGGUAAUAAUAGGUCAGGGUAUAGGUUCGGCGGCACAGGUAUUCGUGCUUUGCUUACCGUCAAAAGUCGCAGCUGUUUGGUUUAAACCGAGUGAGGUUUCUACGGCUUGCGCCUUGGCAGUAUUCGGUACCCAAUUGGGCUUCGCGCUGGGAUUCGUAGUACCAUCGUCCAUCGUGACGAAUCACGAUGACUUGGAUUUGGUGGGCGCGGGUUUAAGAAAACUCUGCUGGGUUAUUUUUAUUUAUAUGGUUCCCGUGGUGCUCGCUAUAUUCUUCCAAUUUGAAGAUCUGCCACCUUUACCUCCAAGUGUCUCGCAGAUUGAGGAACGCAGGCGGAUACCUCUACCGUUCUUAAAGUACUUGAAAUUUUUCGUAAAGCUUUUCGCCAAUAAGGGUUUUGCUCUUCAUACUGUGGCGUACGGACUGAACAUUGGGGUGUUUGCUGCGGUGGGAACCCUUUUGAACCAAUUCAUUUUGGAAUAUUUUCCGAGCUCAGAAGAAGAUUCUGGGAGAAUAGGGUUGCUCAUGGUAGUCGGUGGAAUGGUAGCUUCCUUAGGGUUUGGUAUUAUUCUGGACAAAACGCAUACCUACAAGGAAACCACCGUGUUUAUUUAUUUUGCGGCCGUAAUUGCAACAGUGGCAACGAUGUUUUCGCUGCAGACCCGGUCCAAACUUCUGGUCUACGUCAGCUUUCUCAUACUAGGGUGUUUCACCAACGCUUAUAUGCCUGUAGGAUUUGAGUUUGCGGUAGAGAUAACUUACCCGGCAGACGAAACGACCACGACUGGUAUUUUAAAUGCGAUGACACAGUUAAUGGGUGUCGGGAUUACCCUCAUUUUGGGAAUGUUCAACAUGCGUUUCGGCGCUUUUUGGUCGUUGGGUAGUCAGGCUGUAGUCCUUUUAGUUGGAGCGAUAAUAACGUCCUUCGUACCUAACGAACGCAGAAGACAGGACGCUUCGAAUGUGCAACGAGAUGGUGACGAGAAAGAAUUGAAAUUGUUGAAUCAAAACGAGUUUCAAGCAGUAUAAUAAACGAAUGAAGAAUUGUAUUUAGAGUUUUCUUGUGGAAUUAAAAAAUUAUUUGACAUAUUUCCCAGCUAGGAUUCUUAAGGCUGAUGCUUAUUAUAUACAUUUCCUAAAAAAUAGAAUGAAACUUUAGGAGUUAAAAAAGUUAGGCCUCUAUAACCUUCAUGUAAUAGUUUAUUGUUAUAUUAUCCUUCUUUAGACCUCUGUAGAUGUUACCUCUUCAAACUCGAUCUAGAAGGUCUCGCUCUAAAAAAUCUGCAUUCAAAGAUCACUCUGACGCUGUAUAUGUUACACCGCUAAAAACUCGCGUAGGCCCUAUAAGCUUGCUGCAAAAGUUCCACUUCUAAAAGCUUCAGCUCCAAAAGCUCCCGCUCUAAAAGCCCCGAUUCUAAAACCUUCCGUUCUAAAAAGUUCCCCUUUAAAAGCUACAACUCCAAAAGCCCCGUAUCUAAAAUGACACGAUUUAAAAGCCACGGAUCUGAAUCAGCUCCAGCAUUAAAACAUCUGCCACUAAAGAUUUUCCUUUUAAAAGCAGAGUUUAAGAUAAAAACUUAAACCCUUCAAGUGUU